CGUUUGCUAUUUAUACUUUUUGUUGCUGGGCAAAACCAAUGUCCACAUUCUUGACAAAAUUAAGCUCUUUUUCUUAUCGAUUCGUGAGCAAGGACGAAUUGAGGAUCCUACGAGACAGUCACAGCUCUUGACAUGUCCUGAUGCGCUGGGAAACGAUCUAAAACGAAUGGUUUGCCAAUGAACUUUUUACUGCGCUGUCACCGAUUCUCCCGAGUAUCUCCUAAAGGGUAUCUUUAUUCACACAAUGCGCGCAUAGCGGCACGAUACUUUACGAUAUCAGCUUGUCGCCAACAACAAGACAAGCUAAAGAUUCUAUUCUUUGGUACAGACGAUUUUGCUGCCACCCAUUUGAAAUCUUUACUGCAGGAAAAAGAUCAGCCUCAAUCGGUCAUUGAUCAUAUCGAGCUGGUUUGUCCUCCAGACCGUCGAACCGGUCGCAAGUUAAAUGUUAUUACAGAAAGUGCGACAAAAAGUCUCGCUAAAUUACACAAUAUCCCUAUUCACCACACCCCGCCCGAGGCGAAACAUCUAAAUGACUGGACAGUGCCUGGUCAAUUUGAUUUAGGUGUUGUGGUUUCGUUUGGUUAUUUUAUACCAGCGGCGGUGAUUGCCUCGUUUGGCAAGGGGGCCGUCAACGUGCACCCUUCCCUACUGCCUCUGUACCGUGGCGCCGCACCGAUUCAACAUACUAUUUUAUGUGGCGACAGCGAAACAGGAGUGACGGUGCAAGAAUUGCAUGAUAAGGAAUUUGAUGCUGGCCGAAUUCUGCAACAAGAACGUGUGGCUCUCACUGUCGACGGACCCCCGCGUUAUACAACACUGGUCAAACAACUGGCACACGUGGGCAGCCAUCUGUUGGUAGACACACUGCGAAAUUUCGACCACCACAAGAAUCACGCCAUCACGCAAGAUAUCACAAAAGCGACCAAAGCCCCCAAAAUUAAGAAGGAAUGGUCUGAAAUCGAUUUCGCUACAAUGCAAGCAUGGCAAAUAGAUCAACUUCAUCGUGCCAUUGGUGAACAGAGCCCCCUGAGGACGGUGUUUGAAUUUGAACAUGGAAAGAAAUCAGGAAAAGUGAAACGUCCUCUUACAAUGCAAUUGUUGAAUAUAUUUUUGCCGAAACAUUCUGCUAUGCUUUCAAUGAGUCCACGACCUCGAUCUGGCUCCUUCAUUUUCGAUCCAAUGAGUCAAGCGAUCCACGUCAUGUGCGCCGACGGCCAGGUGGUAGGUGCAAGCCACAUCAAAGCAGAGAACAAGGGCAAAACUACUGCCAAAGAGUUUAUGAACGGUUACACAGUCGGUGACAUUGGCCGUUUCGGUACGGCUUCCGAUGAAAUGGUGGCUCCCAACACGAUCCACCCCAUUGUCAAGAGGUUAAAAAUGAAACCAUAUCCUCAGAUGUAGUUUAAUAAAUUGCCUAAAUAUGUCAUCGCCAAAGGGGGAUGCCUCAAAUUAGCCCUGCCAUUGGCAAUGUUUCAUCAUUAAGCGAGCAAAGAGAAAAGCCGAAGAAGAAAAGCAUUACAUAAUAGAACGCUAA